AUAUUCAGUUAAUUCCAUAAGCUUUUAAUAUUUGUUUCCUUUCUUUCUAUUUAUUAAGUCCACAGUGUUUAUCUUUACCCACAGUCCCCACUAAACCAUUUGCUUUUCCCCUUUUUGGACUGGUAGAGAUGAGGGACUGAGAGUAAAAUUCACUACUAGUUGCAUUAUUGAGAAAAGAGAUGUCUUGGGAAAUCGAAGAGAUCGGAGAAGAUAGCAAGAGUGAAGUGAUUGGGAACAACAAAGAUGGAGGAGUGAUCAAUGAUGUUUAUGUAGCAGUUGGCAAGAAUGACAUGUAUGUUCUUCAAUGGGCACUUGAUCAUGCCAUCUCUCCAGGAAUUCGCGUAUGCCUUGUGCAUAUUUUUCCUCCCAUUACCUACAUCCCUUCACCAGUUGGCAAGUUAUCAAGUAGCCAACUGACCAGAGAGCAGGUGCAAGCUUACAUCAAUGAAGAGAGCAACAGACGGAAGAAUCUGUUGGAAAAAUACAUCCGCUUAUGCAAUGAUGCCAAAGUACCAGUAGAUACUGUACUUGUGGAGAGCAAAUCACCAGGCAAAGCAUUACUUGAUCUAAUAUCUGUUGUCAAUGUUACCAGCCUCGUUAUUGGAACUAAACGAUCACUUUCCACCAUACGAGUGAUGAAGGGACAUGGAAUUGGAGAAUAUGUUCAGAAGAAUGCACCAGCUUCCUGUCAAGUUAACGUCGUUGGUGAAGAAGGCAAGAAGAUAAAGAAAGGUGAAGCGGUGCAGCUAAAAGGCAAUUAUUCCAAUCCUCCUUCACAGCCGGAGAUUGCUAAACAAUCUAACAGGAAUUUAUUUGAAUGGAUGUGUUUUUCUCCCAAGUUCCAUGGAGAAGUCGGAAGAAAAUAACAAAAACGAAUUCAAAAUUUGAAUCUUAUAAAUUCGAUAGGCAACUGAACCUAUUAACUAUCCGUAACUAAUAGUACUAUAUCAAAUUUGACUUUCUGUUUUUUUUUU